AUGGGCUACUACUUUAGCAAUGAUGAGUUAUUCCGGCUCAUGCUUCGAAAGGGAGUUUACCCAUACGAAUAUAUGAAUAGUUGGCGACGAUUCAAAGAGACUAAGCUUCAACCUGGAGAGGCCUUCUAUAGCAAUUUAAAAAUGAAUUGUAUAAGCGAUCAUGAUUAUGCUCAUGCCCAGAAGGUAUGGAAUGCUAUUAUUCCAAAGGGCUCAGAGACCACCAUGGGUGACUACCACGAUGCGUAUUUAGUGACGGAUGUCCUGCUAUUGACUGACAUCUUCCAGAGCUUUCGAAACGUGUGCCAGGAGAACUACAAGCUCGAUCCUGCCCAUUUCUACAGCGCACCCGGCUUAGCAUGGAAAGCAGCACUCAAAUACACAGAAAUCAAGCUGGAGCUCCUAACGGAUCCUGAUAUGCUCCUGAUGUUUGAAAAAGGAAUAAGGGGUGGGAUCACCCAGUCUGUAUAUAGGUAUGCAGUAGCCAACAACAAAUAUAUGGGGGAUCAAUAUGAUCAUUCUCAGGAAUCAUCGUACCUGCAGUACCUAGACGCCAACAACCUGUACGGGUGGGCAAUGCAACAACCCCUCCCAACUCAUGGCUUUAAAUUGAUAUCAAAUGUAGAGGUAAUCAAUGAAAAGAAGAUCGAUAAGCUCGUCGCUGACAACAAGCAUGGACACAUCUUGGAGGUUGACAUUGAUUACCCAAAGAGCCUACAUGACAAGUACAACGAGCUCCCUUUCCUGCCGGAGCGAAAGGUGGUUCACAGGGUCGAGAAACUAAUACCAAAUCUCGAACAUAAGCGGAAAUACGUGGCACACAUUGGGACUCUACAUCAAGCCCUGAAACACGGCCUCGAGCUUAAAAAGGUGCACCGCGCUAUCCAAUUCAAACAUAGUGCCUGGCUUAAGCCAUAUAUAGAUCACAACACGAAGCUGAGAACUGCCGCCAAAAACGAGUUCGAGAAGGACUUUUACAAGCUUAUGAAUUUAUCGGUCUUUGGAAAGACGAUGGAGAAUGUACGGAAUCAUCAGAACAUCAAGCUGGUCACGAAUGAAGCCGCUUACGCAAAACUCACUAUGCAACCAAACUUUAAAAGCGGCACUUGUUUCAGUAAAAAUUUGAUGGGUAUUGAAAUGGGCAGAAUGGGAAUGAAAAUGAACAAGCCCCUGUAUAUUGGUCAAGCUAUUUUAGACCAGUCAAAGACCAUCAUGUACGAGUUCCACUACAACUACAUGUAA